AUGAAACACACUGUAGAUUGUAAAAUAACAGCGAAUUUAAUUGAAAGAGAUCCAGCUUUUAAAAAUUCCGGUCCCAUAAUUGCUACUAAGCUUCGAAAGUUUGGUGAAAGUGUUAUGGAAGCAGGAAAUGAUUUACAUGUAAUGUAUCGUAAAGGAUCCUACGUCUUUGAAACAUUUAAAAUUGAAAUCCAAACUAUGAUGGAUAAACUUGAUGUUCAAGAACCUAAUAAAAGCGACUUCUUUAAAGAAAGAAUUAAGAAAAUGAUUUUAGUGGUUCAAGAUUUUAGUGAUAAAGUUAAAAAAGCAAAAGAUUCUAUUAUAGAUGCAGAGAAUAACCGAGAUGGUCUUGAAAAAGAACUUGUUG